GCCUAUUCGCAUCGCGUUUGCGCUCUCUGCUUGUACACCACCGGAAAGAUUUCCCCAACUUUUUUUUUUUUUGCGGGUAGGAUUUCCCGAUUAGACACACGCCGGCGGCCUCGCUCAGGCCGGUGGUUCCAAAGCGGCGAGCAGAGAGUCUCCGUCGAGCCAAGGCUGCGCUCGGGCGGAGCGGUGGUGUACGGCCUUGCACGUGAGGGGGACGGGAAGCAGGGGUGCUAGAGCUGUUUGGCACGCGAGGUGUUUGCCGAAUUGCCUCGCCGGCUCUCCAGUGCCCGGUGACGUCGGGGUGGUUCCUUCCUGCCACGCGGUGCGCAGGUAGCUCCCCCACCAGGGUGAAAACAGAAGAAGAUAGAGUUGUUUGCUGCCAUGUCCGUGGUGAGCCGGCCAUUCCCUGCUCUACCGGCGGCGGUUUGCCCGGUACCGGUGAAGACAGGAGCCAGGUGGCUCCGCGGAAGCUACGGCCAUUCUCGGCAGGGAGCUAGGGUUUCUUGCACGGGGUCUACGGAUCGGGGUUUCGCUGCGGAGCUGGAGGAAGCGGAGUACCAUGAGCGGACCUAUGGAGAUAGUGUUGCUGCUGAGGAUGGUGGUAAGGAGGAAGCUUUGCCUUUAGGAUGGAGCAAAGAUGAGAUGGAAGCCAUCUCUGCGCUAUUCGACCGUCCAAUGCGUCAGAAGCCGCUGAAGCCGCCGAACCCGGUGACGCUGCGGCCUCUCCCUCUGCCGUUGGCCCACAAGACGAGGCUGCCGGUCGCUCCAGCCCCGAAGCAGCACAUCCGGCUUGCUUCACGCUCUUCGUACAGCGACCGGGUGCGCAAGAACCCUGAGGUCCUUGUUGGGAUUGCACGGGAGAUCUCGGCGCUUAGGCCGGAGUCUGAUGUGGCCAUCGUGCUCGACCGGUGGGCUCCUUUCCUCCGGAAAGGGUCGUUGUCGAUGACCAUCCGGGAACUCGGGCACAUGGGACUCCCCGAGAGGGCGCUCCAGACAUUGUGCUGGGCACAGAAGCAGACGGCCGUGCCACUGUUCCCCAAUGACCGGAUCCUCGCUUCCACCGUCGAGGUUUUGGCGCGCUUCGACGAGCUGAGGAUGGAAUCUGCGCUUGAGGAUUGCGUUCCCACGGCAAGCCGUGUUGUCCUUGAAGCCAUGGCAAGCGGGUUCAUCAGGGCAGGCAAAGUAGGCCUCGCACGCAAGGUCCUCGAACUCGCCAAGAUAAACAAGAGGACGUUGCACCCGAGCAUCUACGCAAAGCUGAUUCUGGAAGCUGCCCGGACGCCUGAAGGCUACGGGCUCGCCGCUGCACUGCUUGAUGAGCUCGGUGAGAGGCCGGACUUUGACCUGCGUCCGCAGGACUGCACGGCUGUCAUGAAGGUCUGCAUAAAGCUCAGGCGGUACACAGCUGUAGAGAGCCUGUUCAGCUGGUUCAGGGAAUCUGGCAGGAACCCCACCGUGGUGAUGUACACGACCGUGAUCCAUAGCCGCUCUCGAGAUGGGAGGCACCGGGAUGCUCUGGCCCUGGUGUGGGAAAUGGAGCAGGCAAACUGCCUUCUUGACUUGCCUGCUUAUCGGGUCGUCGUCAAGCUGUGUGUGGAAUUGCAUGAUCCAGAAAGGGCUUUUCGGUACCUGUCGAGGUUAAAGGACGAUGGGUUUGUUCCGACCAGUGACAUGUACUGUAAUUUGAUUGAAGGCUAUGCCGCUGCGGGGAGGAUGGCAAAGUGCCGGCAGCUGAUCAGGGAGGCUGAGUCAACCGGCGUUAUGCUGGACAAGAGGCUUGUUUCAAGCUUGUCUGAGAUGGGAGGUGGACAUCCUUGAACCCCUGGAAAAGUAAAAGUCCAUUGGCGAUUGUUAAUGGCAGAAUCUUUCUGAAGCUUGUACUGUUCAUGAAAACCCUAUGGUAAGCACAUGAAAAAUCUGAACUCAAGUCCAGAAGGAUGCACUCUCUUUUGGGAUGGAAGUCUACAGUAUAUGUUGUAAUUGUCCUGAGAUUGAUAAUAAAGAGGGAAAAUAUGCUGUCAUGGCCUCUGAAUAAAUGAUAAUGGAAGAGACUCUCAUAUUGGCCAGAUGAUGAUGGUGCUAAGAUAAUGGAAGACUUUACAUGCUACAAUUUGCUUCAGGCUUCUUUUCAGUUGAGAAGCCUCCGUUGGCACUUGGCAGCAGCAUCUACUUCCAGUUCAUUCCACUGCCUGACAACAGCAUUGGCGUUUUCUUUCCUAGACAAAGUUAAUCUGUAAUGUUAAUGUUGCUGUUUGAUCUCCUUUUCUUCUUUUUUUCAUCUGUGCUGUUUGAACAUCUUUGAUGAGAAGAUUUUUUUUUCAAACGAUCU